ACACUGGGAGACGCAGCGACAGUGGACAACGUAAACAGAUUCAUCACGAUGUCCAAUAAAGAAGUGAAAGCUGCACUGAAAAGUGCAAGAGAGUCCAUUAAAAACAAGGAGUACAAAGAGGCUCUCAAACACUGCAAGAGUGUUUUGAAAGUUGAAAAGAACAACUAUAAUGCCUGGGUAUUUAUUGGCCUGGCAGCCAGUGAGCUGGACCAACCAGAUCAGGCACAAACAGCGUACAGAAAGGCGGUGGAGCUGGAGCCUGAGCAGCUGCUGGCUUGGCAGGGUUUAGCAAAUCUUUAUGAAAAGACUGAUCAGUGGGAUUUCAAAGUUGAGCUGCCUAACAUCUACCAGAAGCUUGUUGAGUUGUAUGCAAGCUCUGAUAAAAACAAGUGUUAUGAGGUGAUCAAAAAGCUGUCCGACAUUUAUCAGUCUGACAAAGAACAUUUAAAGUUGUUAAAGGUUUGGCUCCAGCAUGUUCAGCUGAAGGAGGAAGAAGCUGCGGACAAGAAAGAGUUGGUGCAGCUUUUAGGUCAGAUGACUCCACUCUUCACUGACUGCCUUCAAGAGAAUGAACUGGACAGUGAAACUCAACAACAUCUAAUCACAGCAUUCGAGAAGGCCAUUGCUCUCAUGGAACCUGUGCCAGGAGAAGAUCACAGGAAGGUCUCAGCUGACUUUAUUACAUGUCUUUCUAAGCUCCCACAAGAGGAAGCCAAACUGAAGGAGGCAUGCCACUCCAUGAUGUCCCUCUACCCCAACCAGAGUUAUCCUGUAGAAGUCCUUUGUUGUCAGUACCUUAAAACAGGUAACCUGACAGAGGAUGCAGUGAACUGUUUCUCCAAGCUGCUGGAUCUGGCUCCGAACAACGGAUUAGGACGCUUAGGUUUGGGCACAAAAGCACUACAAGAGGGAAGGUAUGCAGAUGCUAUUAAGGACCUUGAGCAAGGGUUAAAGAAAAUGAGCUCAAGCACGGGAUGGUAUAGUUUAGCUGAAGCUCAGUUCAAAACACACAAAUACUCUCACAGUGCUGCAUCCUGCUCCCAAGGUUUGGAUGUUUGUGACUCUGGAGACAAAGAGCUGAGGGUGAAGCUGAUGAAGCUGAAGUUAGAAGCUUCUGUGAGAUGUGAAGGAGAGAAGGCUGCAGACCAGGCUCUGGAAAUGUUUUCACAGAUUCCAGAAGCUGAAAAAGACCCCGGGCUUUUGGCUCUUAAAGGACGUGCAUACAUUAAUAAAGGCCAGACUGAUGAAGCACUCAAGGUGUCUUCAGAGUUGGUGGCCUCACACCCAAACCUGGCUCAGGGCCUGGCACUGAAAGGGCUGGCUCACUUAGCAAGUGGUCAGCAGCAGCUGGCGGAGCAGAGUUUCCUGAAGGCUGCCAGCCAGAGCCCAGACUGCGCCGAGUACUUUCUGUUACUCGGACAGCUCUACUGGGACAUGGGAGAAGAGACCCGGAAAGACCGAAGCAAAGCUCACACACACCUGCUCAAGGCUGCAAAGUUGGAUCCGCACCUCGGCUGUGUUUUCCGCUACCUGGGACAUUAUUAUCGAGAGGUGGCCAAAGAUUAUGCCCGUGCGCAGGGCUGCUAUAAGAAGGCCUUUCUGUUGGAUAAUGACGACGUUGAGUCUGGCGCCGCCUCUGUGGACCUCAGCAUGGCGCAGGGAGAUAUGGACACUGCCUUAGCAAUACUCCAGUCUGUGAUUGAGAAAGCCACUCCAGGCUCGGCUAAAUGGGCCUGGAUGAGACAAGGUCUUUACUACCUUAAAGUCGGGGAACAUCAGAAGGCCAUAGCCGACCUGCAGGCGGCGCUGCGAGCCGACCCCGAGGACUGGGUGUGCUGGGAGUGUUUAGGCGAGGCCUACCUGAAUCGCCGGAGCUUCACAGCAGCUCUGAAAGCUUUCGGGAAGGCCCAUCAGCUUCAGCCCGGCUCCAUCUACAGCGUCUACCAGGCUGCUGCCAUCAAACAGACUCUGGGCAAGUUCAAAGAGGCGGCGGCAGAGUACCUGCUGAUCACCGCUCAGCAGGACUACGUUCCUGCGCUCAAAGGGCUUGGAGAGUGCCAGUUGGCCUUGGCAAAGAUUUUAAUGGAAGACUGCAGAGACGGAGGAGCCAUUGACCUCAUUCAACAAGCCAUACACAAUCUUUUCAGAGCCGCACAGCUGAGGCCAGACCUGUCUUGUUUGUGGAAGCUGCUGGGAGACGCUUGCACUGCGGUCCGCAUCGUGUCUCCGAACAGAGCCCAGGUUCUAGUGCCCGCCUCACUGGCUGGUUUAGACCCAAACGCACAGAAUCCCAGCCUGAACCAGGCCCAGACGCUCAAAGUUGGAGAGAGCUGCUAUGCUCGUGCUUUAAAGCUCAUGCCUGAAGUCUCCAGCCUUUGGUAUGACCUGGGACUCAACUAUUACCACCAGGCCACCAGUCAGCCGAAGCUCUCAGAGGAGGACCAGAGCUCAGAGAAAGCCGAGCAGUGUUUGAAAAAGGCCAUCAUGAUGGACAGUGGGAACCACAGCUACUGGAAUGCCCUGGGGGUCAUUUCCAUGAGCAAAGGCCUUGAGAACUACGCUCUGGCUCAGCACUGCUUCAUCAAGUCCAUACAAGCUGAGCCAAAUAACGUUGUUGCUUGGACAAACCUUGGCACCCUGUAUCUGAAGAAGGACAACAUAGAGCUUUCACACGAGGCCUUCAAGAUUGCUCAGUCCUUGGAGCCACUUUAUGUCAACUGCUGGAUCGGACAGGCUCUGAUAGCGGAGCGCGUGGGAAGCUACGACACCAUGGAUCUUUUCAGGCACACCACCGAGCUCAGCACACAUAUGGAAGGAGUGAAGGGUUAUGCCUACUGGGUUUGUUCCACUCUGCUGGACGAGAGCAACAGAAACUCCGAGCUGUACCGCUACAACAUCGUGCAGAUGAACGCCAUCUCUGCCGCUCAGGUGGCGCUGAGCAAGUACACAGAGAGGAUCCAGUCUGACGCCGAGGCCUUCGUCAUGCUGGGCUUUCUGAACGAGCACCUGCAGCUGAAGAGGCAGGCUCUGCAGGCCUACCAACGAGCUGUUGAACUGCUUCAGUCUCCCUCAGAAGAGCUGAACUUUUCUCUGGGUUGCCAUGGUCGUGCUUUGUGCACUUCCGACCAGUGGGAUGAAGCCAUUCAGGCUUAUAACUCAACUCCCCUGCAGGAUCUCUGCGAUCUGGUGGGAUUGGCUCUGGCUUACUGCAGGGCCGGACUGUUCUCAGAAAGCAGCAGUGCCUAUGAGCGUGCCUUAGCUGUGGCCUCCAGUGAGAAGGAGAAGGCUUACAUAUUGACGGCUCUGGCCCUGCUGCAGCACCGGCAGGGAAACCUGGACUCAGCCAAGACGCUUCUGUUCAAAUGCUCAGUGUUAAAGGAACCUAUUCCCGAGUCUCUGCUGUGUUUAUGUGCUCUGGGUCUGGUUCACGGUGACGCUACAUUAGCUGCUGCGGCCAUGACCGAGUUAUUAAAGCAGAAUCCAGGUAGAGUUCAGAGUGUUGUGGAGCAGCGGUGUCUGCUCACCUGCACCUUGCUGGCCCUGCAGGGGAACUACAGUGCCGUGCAAAGAGAGGCUUCCAGAGCUGUACACAGCAAUCCAGGCAACCCUUCCCUGUGGGCCCUUCUGUCCAGAGUGGUACCAAAAUAUUAUCCCAGAAAGGCAAAUGGAGGUGCGGUGGCCGGCCAUGUUGCCUGCCUGUCCAGCAUGACUCAAGGAAAGAGGGCGUUGCUGUACAGUGGUGUAAACCAGCUGGCAAGCGGGAGACACUCUGGAGAGGACAAGCGCAAGAACGCUCUGAAAACUCUGCAGAGAGCUGUGCUGCUCUGUCCUGACGAUCCAGCAACUUGGGCCGGACUGAUGGCUGCCUGCCACACUGAAAACACCUCCUGCUACCUGUCUGGUUCCGCUCCCUGCAGACAGGGACUCAGUCCGACCCUGAUGGCCGUAGUCUCCGAGAAAGUGCACGCCGUCGAUGAGAUAGAGCGCCCCCUCGCCCAAACCCUGGAAGGCUGGGUACUGCAGCAGGCCGUGGCUGGCCUCAUGCUGGAGGGGCGUCUGGAACAGGCGGAAGCUCUCUGCACACAGGUGCUGAGCGUGUCCCCCGAGCACCCCGCGGUCAUGCUGUCGCUCAGACAGGUGCAGUGUCAGCGCCUCCUCAUGGAUGAUGGCGGUACUGUCCUGCCAGAGGCCGUGCUGGAGCAGCUCAACAACGCUGUGAUGAUGAACCCCACCAACCUUGGAGCGUGGCAGUGGCUGGCUGAGGUGUAUCGUAGCCAGGGCCUGUUGCUUCAAGCAGUCAUGGCGUACAGACAGAGCCUGCAGCUGGCCUCGCAGCUCGGCGUGCACAGCUGUCAGGUUGCCAGUCUGCUCCGGCUCGCCCUGUUGGCUCUGGGACCUUGUAUGGCUGGUGUUCCUGGAAACGACUGGACCAGCCUGGUGCAAGAAGCCACCACGGAGGUUCUGAAGCUGGGCUCGUCUCCCGUGGCUCUCCUGUUCCAGGCUCUGCUCCAGUACGUGACCAAGAUGGCUGCAAGGGAAACGAGACGCUCGCUGGAGAAGCUGGUCUACGCUCGUUCUCCAGACUUCCCGGGAACGGUGGCGCAGGUAGCCAGCUGGUAUCUGCUCAGACACCUACAUGCCAAAAACGACGAGGAACUCUUGAAUGUGCUUUUGCAACAUGCCAAAAUGAAUGGAGAUCAAAGACUGCUGGAGUUUCAUUCACUACUGGCUUCCUCUUCUGUGUGAAACUGUAAACGCAUACCUCACUGUUCAUUUGCCGUUGCCUUAUUAAAUAUACAUCUGCAGGAAAACCACGUCAGUUUCUUCGAUCAUGAUUAUGAAAUAUUAUCGGACACGACGUUGUGGCUCAGGUCUCAUAAGCAUGGCUUUAUUAUUUUCAAGAUUUUAAUCAGAUCAUGAAUGUCAUCACAUUGUUCAACUGACAGUAAUCGUGUAACACAUUCAUACUCAAUAAAGACUUUUCAGA